AGCAGCUUUGGGCUCUCAGACCGGCCAGCGGUGCUCGGCGAUCGACGCCUUUUCCCGGGAUGAGCAACAGCUGGGGUGUGGCCAAGCCGAGUGCUCUGAACUUGCGCUAUGAGACCUCGGGGCCGCAGGGAGGGGGCUUCAUCGUGUGCAACAACAAGAAGUUCUGCGGGGACUCGCUGGGCCGGCCCUCGGGCCGGGAUUUGGUGGAGAUCCUGAACUCGGUGCUCACCUGUAACCAGAGCUGGGCACAGUAUUUCGACCAGACUGUGGAGAAGAUCUUCGACGCAGUGUCGCCAUCGCCCGGGCGGCCGGAGCCUCGCAAACCGGAAGGACCUGAUUGGCGUCCUAUGCCCCGCGAGAACACUCGCGGCGCGAAUGGCGCAAACCAGUGGGAGAAGACUGAGAAGUGGCAGCCGAUGGAUACCUACAAGGCCAAGAUGCCCGAGAAGCGCGAAGGCGGGUACAACCUCAACGGGGUGAACACAAGCGGCGUGACGGGUGCAACGGGCCCGGCCGGCGCGAAGUGGGACUGGAAGACCCCGGAGAAGCCUGCAGACCCCCGCGGUCCCACGCCCCGCACGAAUCCCUCGCCUCCCUCGCCGCCCUCCGCUGUGAACUCCGCCACCUCCCGGGCCACGACGAGUGCGACGCCGCGACAAGAAAGGCCGGAGGUGCGGCCCAAGGUGGAGUUCGCGGAUCCGAACUCUCUGGCGGCGGAGUUGGACCAGUGCUUCUUCCGCCAGGUCUCCACGCAAUCGGCGGCCUCCAACCGCGCGGCCAGCGCUCCCCGGGUCCGCGGCGCCAGCCCGGAGCGCCAGAUCUCCGGCAACGCGCACCCGCUGGCGCCGGCCACGGUGCCCACGUCGCGGUUCAAGGGCGUGAACCAGGCCACGGCCCUGAAGCUCUUCAUGAAGUGAUGGCAGGCGCGGCACAGCUCACGCCGCAAGACAUGCGUUUGGAGGGUAAUUUUCACCAGCGGCAAACCGGAGGCUUGGGG